GCCCCUCUCUCUCUCUCUCUCUCUGUCUCUAUCUCUUUGUCUCUCUGAGAGCAUGAAAUGCUACAAAAAGGAAGGAAAUAGUGAAGAAAAUGUCAGUCGGAUUAUUCCAGUGGAACGCGCGGCAAUACCUUGAUUAUCGAUAUCAACGGUAUUUAAAAUAUUUAUUCUGGUGCUGUAAGACACGUUUCGAGUGUCUGCCAUCGACAUCAGAUUUAGAAUAAUCGGCUGAUAGCGUCGCACAAGAUUACUAACGAUGGCGAUACAGUUAUUGUCCUUAAUUCCUCUAUUCGCUACUGUUCAUGGCGCAACCUUGGGAUUAGGGCCGAGGAUAGUGGAAGGAAGACUUGCCGAGCCAGGAGAAAUCCCCUACCAAGUUUCUAUUCAACUAAUUGAAACAGAGCAUCACUUUUGCGGUGGAUCUAUAAUUGACCAGUGGCACAUAUUGACCGCCGCUCACUGCGCAAUGCCUUUCGUUGACUCGAAGGAAGACAUUUUGGUCAGUGUGGGAGUAACGGAUCUAGAAAAAUCGCGUUCGAUUUAUUUUGUCGAGUCCAUUUAUGUGCACGAAUAUUACGACCCCAGCGAUUCAUGGAUCAACGAUAUCGCUUUAAUUAAGCUUCAGACUCCAAUUGAAUAUUCGCGUUUGGUAGCCCCCGUCGAGUUGAUGACGAAUCAAACUGUCGAGGCCACCUCAAUAGCAGUCGUAUCGGGAUACGGCAGAUUAUGGUUUGAAGGAAGAAAUACUCCACAUCUGUACGUCACAGAAUUGAAAAUAACCGAUCGCGCCUCCUGCAAAAGAACAUACGCGAAACGUGGGGUGCAUGUUCACAACACGCAAAUCUGCGCAAAUGAUCCAACAAAAAUAACGGGCGCGUGCCAGGGAGAUUCCGGCGGCCCUCUCACUGUCAAUGGUAAACUCAUAGGAAUCGUCUCGUGGGCGGUGGGUUGCGCUAGCACAACAUUUCCCUCCAUAUUUACACGCGUGCCGUCAUACAUCGACUGGAUAGAUGAGCACAUCGUAUAACUUGAAGUAAUUAACGAAAUAUAGAAAUCUAUUUUAAUGACAUAUACAGGGAAAUCGAAAAUCGAUGUGUACGCAACUCAAUGACCAAACGUAGAUGUAAUAAAUCGCUAAAUAUACGU